AUGGGCGUUUCAAAUGUUCGUUAUGUUAGAGGUAACUGCCUAGCUGCGUCCAUCUCUCAUCCAAGGAUUUUGAUUCAUUCGUGUAACUGCAACGGGUCAUGGGGCGGAGGAAUAGCAUACCAAUUAGGGGCGAAGUUUCCAAAAGCUGAAGGGGACUACAUUGAACUGUGCGAAAAGUUCGGGUCAAGCUUGCUGGGUAAGUUCGUUUUAAUUCCAAGCUACACGGACUCAACGUUACUCAUUGGCUGUCUCUUCACUGCAUCGUUUGGUGGAUCGCAACAGGGGACAGGUGAUAGUAUUCUAAGUUACACUAAGCAAGCACUAGAAGACAUGCGCAUUAAAAUCUUUAGUGAUACAGGCUCUGGCGGUGAAAUCGACUCGUUUUCACGUAAGUAUAUUCAGAGAUUUAAGGACAAGCUGAAGGUGCCUGUUGCGGAUUACAAACUCGAAAUGCCUCAAAUUAACAGUGGAAUUUUUGGAGUUCCCUGGCCCAAAACUGAACAGCUGCUGGCUGAGCAAAGUUCCCUUUCAUUUACGGUUUACGUACUAUGA